AUGCUGAACGAUUUCCUGACGUUCAUGCUUUGCUUUCUGCCAGAUCCUCGAGCGUCUGUGCGCAAAGCUGCCAUAUCUGCCGUUGAAAAGAUUGCCAGCAACAAUACGGCUCUCCAAAGUUUGAUCUUCAGCCGCCUUGAUGAUGCAGCAACAUCAGUGAGAUCCACAGCCAUUCUUGCUGCAGGGCGGAUUUGCGAUCCACAGGAUCAGGCAAUCGUGCGGAAGCUGGCAUCCUUCAUGGAAGUUGCUGAUCCGAGUUCCCAGGUGGCUGCACAGCAAGCUUUGGGCCGGCUGUUACAGAGAGGCUCAAAGGCACCUCUUCCAGUGCUUCAGGAGCUGCUUUGGCAUCCCUCGCCCCAGGUGAGGGAGUCGGCCAACGCAGCUCUGGAUCGCCUUCCGCAGCAAAUGCAGUGGCUCAG